AGUCCUCACCCUUACCAUCUCGGGCUCCGGCACACUCGCCUCCCACUUUCCCUUUCCGCGCCCACCACCAUUGCCACAAAUAGCAACCACCACAUAGCCUAUCCUAGCCUAGCUAGCAACCACCGUCGGCGAGAGUACUACUACUAGUAUAUAUACACGCGCACACACCCGCAAGCUGCUGGGAUCAGCGCGGCAGUGCGCGCGUGACGGCCGGCACGGCAGUCUGUGUGUGUGCAGCAGGGAAUUAGUAAUGGACAGUCGAUCCAUGGCGACCAGCCGCGCCGGCGUGGACGCGGCCGGCGGUGUGGCGCCGUUCGUGGCCAAGACGUACCGCAUGGUGGACGACCCGGCCACCGACGCCGUCGUCGCGUGGGGCAGGGACAGCAACAGCUUCGUCGUCGCCGACCCUUUCGUCUUCUCGCAGACGCUCCUGCCCGCGCACUUCAAGCACUCCAACUUCUCCAGCUUCGUCCGCCAGCUCAACACCUACGUGCGUGCGCGCGCCUGCUCUUGUCAAGGCUUCCGGAAGGUGGAUCCGGACCGGUGGGAGUUCGCGCACGUGUCGUUCCUGCGCGGGCAGACGCACCUCCUGAGCCAGAUCGUCCGCCGGAGCAGCGGCGGCGGCAACGGCGGCAAGCGCAAUAAGGACGACGGCGGCGGCGGCGGCGGCGUGGACGAGGACGACGCGGCGGUGGCCAUGGAGGUGGUCCGGCUGAGGCGGGAGCAGCGAGCGAUCGAGGAGCAGGUGGCCGCGAUGUGGCGCCGCGUGCAGGAGACGGAGCGGCGGCCCAAGCAGAUGCUCGCGUUCCUCGUCAAGGUCGCGGGCGACCCGCAGGUGCUGCGCCGCCUCGUCUCCGGCGCCACCGCCGCCGGGACCGACGACGCCGCCGCCGCCACGGAGCCGCAGGACGCCGCCAACGUCAAGAGGGCGCGGCUGCUUCUGGACGCCGGCGGCGGCGGUAGCGACGGCGCCGUCGACUUCAGCGGGUUCUGUAGCACCGGAGACGAAGCAGACGUUGGGUUCACCGAUUACCUGCUGCAGCCACCGCCGUACGUGUUCCCCGUCAACAGCGGCUACUGAUGGCGGAGCGGUGGUCGCUUGUCGUCGUGUGCGUGCUUCGUCGUCGUUAGUUGCCCCUCAUCACCAACUGCUUGCGCUGGACGUGGCAACGGCGGGCGGAGGCCUAGCCUUCUGACCGGCCGAGGGGCUGGUUGCCUGGUGGCACAGCAAGCCGCCGAUGGCGUCCGUGCGUGCCUUGUGACUCGUGGGCGCCGCCGCCGGCGGGGAGCCCCACGUGCGUGUCCAGGCACGCGUGCGAGGCGGAAUAAUUAGGAGGUGGUGGUACAAAAGUGUAAAGCCUUUGGUUUAGGAGGUGCUUGUUUUCCGUUUCCCUUUCUUCCCCUGUGUGAUGUGAAUACUACGGAGUACCAAACACAGCAGCAGCAAUGCUUUGGGUUUUAAAGAAAUGCUUUCGACUCCCA